AUGAAUGAUAUUACUAGUACGACUAGUACGACGAGUACAACUAGUACAACUAGUACAACAGAAAAUGAUAAUAAAAUAAUAGAGAAUAGAUUUAAAGAUAAAUUAGUUAUAUUUAUACUUGGUACAACAGGUGUUGGAAAGUCAAAGUUGGCAAUAGAAUUGGCAAUAAAAUUUCAUGGAGAGAUUAUUAGUAGUGAUUCAAUGCAAUUAUAUAAAGGAGCAGAUAUAAUAACCAACAAGGUUAGCAAUGAAGAGAUGCAAUCUAUAACACAUCACAUGAUGAGUAUCAUUGAUAUAGAUACUACAAAUUAUAAUAUUGGAAUGUUUACAAGUACCGUCAUACCAAUCAUCAAUGAUAUAUUGGAUAGAGGUAAAGUACCAAUCAUCGUUGGUGGUACUCAUUAUUAUACAACUUCUAUACUUUGGAAUAAUUCUCUUGUUUCUUUUGAUAACAAAGAUGAUGAAACAGAAGAAACAAUAGAACAAGAUGAUAUCAACAACUCUUCAUCUUCCUCUUCUUCUUCUUCGACUAAUAGAGAAUAUAGUUUUGAAAAAUUAAAACAAGUUGAUGAAUUAAUGGCAAACAAAUUACAUAAAAAUGAUAGUAGAAAGAUUAAAAGAAGUUUGGAUAUUUGGUAUACGACUGGUCAAAAACAUAGUGAUAUUAUAUUAAAACAACAACAAGACAAGGUUGAAAGAUUUUCGAGUUGUUUGAUUUGGUUGGAUUGUCAAGACGAUGUAUUGGAAAAGAGAUUAAUUGAUCGUGUAGAUGAAAUGGUUGCAAGAGGUUUGGUAAAGGAAAUAUUUGAAAUAUUUGAUCAUCCAAAUAUAAACCAACAGACGACAGAGAACUUUACAAAAGGUGUUUGUCAAUCGAUUGGUGUAAAAGAAAUGUACAAUUAUUACAAAUCCAAAAAGAAUAAUGAUAGUUUGGAAUUACAAGAAAAGGAAUUGGCACAGGCAUUGAUGCAAACCAAGACGAGGACAAAAAGAUAUGCAGUCAAUCAAAGAAAAUGGAUUAAAAAAUUAUCUGGUCAAAACAAAUUAUUUAUUCAUAAAUUGGAUACUUCAAAUUUAAACAAUUGGAAUGAAAAUGUUAAACAAAAAUCUUUUGAUAUUAUAAAUAAUUAUUUAAAUGGUAAAGAAAAUAAAAUUGAACUAGAACAAGAAGAAGAAGAAAAAGAAAAAGAAUCAGAUGAAGAAUCAAAAAGAGAAAGAAAAAAAAGUAAAUCAUCUCUGUCGCAAUCAUCAAAUUUGGAUGAAUGGAAAAAAUAUUAUUGUGAAAUCUGUGGCAAUAAAGAAUUAAAUGGUCAACUUCAAUGGACAAAUCAUUUAAUCUCUAAAAAACAUAAAAAUCAAAAGAAAAGAUUAGAAAGACAAAAGUUGAGACAAGAACAAACAAAGAAUGAAUAA